AUGGCCACCACCGCGCAGUACUUGCCCCGGGGCCCCGGCGGCGGAGCCGGGGGCACGGGACCGCUUAUGCAUCCGGAUGCCGCGGCGGCAGCGGCAGCGGCGGCGGCAGCCGAGCGGCUGCACGCGGGGGCCGCGUACCGCGAAGUGCAGAAGCUGAUGCACCACGAGUGGCUGGGCGCGGGCGCGGGCCACCCCGUGGGCCUAGCGCACCCGCAGUGGCUACCCACGGGAGGAGGCGGCGGCGGCGACUGGGCCGGCGGCCCGCACCUGGAACACGGCAAGGCGGGCGGCGGCAGCGCCGGCCGAGCCGACGACGGUGGCGGCGGCGGCGGUUUCCACGCGCGCCUGGUGCACCAGGGGGCGGCCCACGCGGGCGCGGCAUGGGCGCAGGGCGGCACGGCACACCACUUGGGCCCGGCCAUGUCGCCGUCGCCGGGGGCCGGCGGGGGCCACCAGCCCCAACCGCUCGGGCUGUACGCGCAGGCGGCCUACCCGGGGGGCGGUGGCAGCGGCCUGGCCGGAAUGCUGGCGGCGGGCGGCGGCGGCGCGGGGCCGGGCCUGCACCACGCGCUGCACGAGGACGGCCACGAGGCUCAGCUGGAGCCGUCGCCUCCGCCGCACCUGGGCGCCCACGGACACGCACACGGACAUGCACACGCCAGCGGCCUGCACGCGGCAGCGGCGCACCUGCACCCGGGCGCGGGCGGCGGUGGCUCGUCGGUGGGCGAGCACUCGGACGAGGACGCGCCCAGCUCGGACGACCUGGAGCAGUUCGCCAAGCAGUUCAAGCAGCGGCGCAUCAAGCUGGGCUUCACGCAGGCCGACGUGGGGCUGGCGCUGGGCACGCUGUACGGUAACGUGUUCUCGCAGACCACCAUCUGCCGCUUCGAGGCCCUGCAGCUGAGCUUCAAGAACAUGUGCAAGCUCAAGCCGCUGCUCAACAAGUGGCUGGAGGAGACCGACUCGUCCAGCGGCAGCCCCACCAACAUGGACAAGAUCGCGGCGCAGGGCCGCAAGCGCAAGAAGCGCACGUCCAUCGAGGUGGGGGUCAAAGGCGCGCUCGAGAGCCACUUUCUCAAGUGCCCCAAGCCCUCGGCGCACGAGAUCACAGGCUUGGCCGACAGCCUGCAACUGGAGAAGGAGGUGGUGCGCGUCUGGUUCUGCAACCGGCGGCAGAAGGAGAAGCGCAUGACCCCGGCGGCCGGCGCCGGCCACCCGCCCAUGGACGACGUGUACGCACCCGGCGAGCUGGGGCCGGGCGGGGGCGGUGCGUCGCCGCCCUCGGCGCCCCCGCCGGCCGCGCUGCACCACCACCACCACACACUGCCCGGCUCCGUGCAGUGA